AUGGAUGCUGAUGUGCCCGCUCCUCUAGGCCGGCCGGGAAAGCGGAUGACGGAGGGGAGGCGAUGUCAGGUCCAUCUCCUGGACGACAGGAAGCUGGAGCUUCUGGUCCAGCCCAAACUGAUGGCUAAGGACUUGCUGGACCUUGUGGCCUCUCACUUCAACCUCAAGGAGAAGGAGUACUUCGGAAUUGCAUACACAGAUGAAACGGGCCACUUCAGUUGGCUGCAGCUGGAUAGGAGGGUUUUAGAGCAUGAGUUCCCCAAGAAGUCUGGUCCCAUUGUCCUCUACUUCUGUGUCAGGUUCUACAUUGAGAGCAUAUCUUACCUUAAGGACAAUGCUACCAUCGAGCUGUUCUUUCUUAAUGCCAAGUCCAUCAUAUGUAAGGAGCUUAUUGAAGUCGACAGUGAGGUUGUCUUUGAAUUGGCCUCCUACAUUCUGCAGGAGGCCAAAGGUGAUUUUACCAGCAAUGACGCAACCAGGUCGGACCUGAAAAAGCUGCCUGCUCUGCCAACCCAGGCCUUAAAGGAGCAUCCGUCUCUGGCUUACUGUGAAGACCGGGUGAUAGAGCAUUAUAAGAAGCUCAAUGGGCAGUCCAGAGGGCAGGCUAUUGUAAAUUAUAUGAGCAUUGUAGAGUCUCUGCCCACAUAUGGAGUGCAUUAUUAUGCUGUAAAGGAUAAGCAGGGGAUCCCUUGGUGGUUGGGACUAAGCUAUAAAGGAAUCUUUCAGUAUGACUACCAGGACAAAGUCAAACCCAGGAAGGUGUUUCAAUGGCGUCAGCUGGAGAACCUCUACUUCAGAGAGAAGAAGUUUUCAGUGGAAGUUCAUGACCCCAGGAGGGCGUCGGUAACAAGAAGGACGUUUGGCCACAGCGGCAUUGCUGUGCAUACCUGGUACGCCUGUCCAGCCCUCAUCAAGUCCAUCUGGGCCAUGGCUAUCAGUCAACACCAGUUCUACCUGGACCGCAAGCAAAGCAAGUCGAAGAUUCACGCAGCUCGGAGUUUGAGUGAGAUUGCGAUAGACCUGACAGAAACAGGAACUUUGAAGACCUCCAAACUCGCAAACAUGGGCAGCAAGGGCAAGAUCAUCAGUGGCAGCAGUGGCAGUUUGCUCUCCUCAGGCUCUCAGGAAUCAGACAGCUCCCAGACCGCUAAGAAGGACAUGCUCGCUGCACUAAGGGCCAGGCAGGAAGCUCUGGAGGAAACACUCAAACAGAGACUAGAGGAACUCAAGAGCAUCUGUAUUAGAGAGGCGGAGCUGACAGGGAAACUUCCAAAGGAAUAUCCUCUGGAUCCAGGGGAGGAACCACCCACAGUCAGGCGGAAGAUUGGCACUGCUUUCAAACUAGAUGAGCAGAAAAUCCUACCUAAAGGAGAGGAAGAGGAGCUUGAGCGUUUGGAGCGGGAGUUUGCCAUUCAGUCCCAGAUUACAGAGGCAGCCCGGCGCCUGGCCAGUGAUCCUCAUGUGAGCAGCAAGAAGCUGAAGAAACAGAGGAAGACUUCUUAUCUGAACGCAUUGAAGAAGCUCCAGGAAAUUGAGAACUCUAUCAAUGAGUACCGGGUCCGCUCUGGCAAAAAGCCUACGCAGAGGGCAUCGCUCAUCAUAGAAGAAGCCAAUAUGUGCUCUGAAGAUAGCUCAUUAUCUGAUGCACUUGUCCUGGAUGAUGAUGAUCCUCACGUAACAGGUACCCCGACCUUCUCUCCAGUAGCAUCACCUCAUAAAGGCCUCCCCCCACGGCCUCCCUCUCACAGUCGGCCCCCUCCACCGCAGUCACUUGAUGGCCUGCGACACCUGCACUACACACGCUCCGACUAUGACAAAUCUCCCAUCAAACCCAAGAUGUGGAGCGAAUCAUCACUGGAUGAGCCGUAUGAGAAAGUCAAGAAACGCUCAUCUCACUCCAGUCACAGACGUUUCCCAAGUUCUGGCAGUGCUGAAGCAGGGGGUAGUAACUCCCUGCAGAGCAGCCCCAUCAGGAGCAUGCCUCACUGGAACUCUCAGUCCAGUAUGCCAUCAACUCCAGACCUGAGAACCAGGACUACUCACUAUGUACAUUCCACCAGGUCAGUGGACAUCAGUCCCACACGUCUGCACAGUCUCGCUCAGCACUUUAGAAACCGCAGCUCAAGCCUUGAGUCUCAGGGCAAACUGCUGGCGUCGGAUCAUGACGCACACCCGCACACCUUGGGCAGUCCUGACUUCUUCCUCGGCCCAGGACGCAGCUCCAAUGGUUCCGACCCACUGGAUGACUGUUCCUCCUGCACCAGCCAAAGCAGCUCAGAGCAUUACUACCCCUCUGGUGGACCCCCGGGCAGCAAUCCAAACUACUCUACUCUGGGAGAGGACUCACCUUCCAAAGCAAGGCAGAGACAGCGGCAAAGGCACAGGUCUGCUGGUCAUUUAGGUUCCUCUAACUCGGGCUCUAUGCCAAACCUGGCAGCUAAAAAUGGCUCAGGUGGAGGCUCAGGUGGAGGUGGUAUGGGAGGGGGACAUCACGGAGUCUACCUCCACAGCCAGAGCCAGCCCUCCUCCCAGUAUCGUAUCAAGGAGUACCCUCUAUACGUGGAAGGAAGCCCCAACCCUGUGGUGGUGCGCAGCCUGGAGAGCGACCAGGAGGGCCACUAUAGCGUGAAGGCACAGUUCAAGACCUCCAGCUCCUACACGGCUGGCGGACUGUACAAGGAGGCCUGGGGGGGUGAAGAGGGAGGAGAGGGGAGCGGCCGACUCACACCGUCACGCUCUCAGAUCGUAAGGACUCCAUCAUUGGGGAGAGACGGAGGUGGAGGAGGUGGGAGGGCCGCGGUGUCUGAAGAGCUGCGGUGUUGGUACCAGAGGUCUUCAGGGAGCCUGAAGGAAAGGAGUCACUCACAUUCAGGUUCCACUUCCUCUGAAGCUGGGUCACAGCAAGGCACAGUGGGGCAUGGCCGAGGGAGUAGAGUCGGGACACUCGCCAAGGGCUCACCAGCGGCAUCCCCUCACAGCCAGAGGAGUGUGACGCCCUCCAGGGAGCACGUAGCCACGCCCACACCGCCCUGUAGCCCACAGCACAUCCUCAACUGGAAGAGCGGGUCUUUCGGUGACAGCUGUUUCCUCAGCAGCCCCCUGUAUUCAGAGCUGGCAGAUGCACAGUGGUACGGACAAGACAAGGCCAAACCGGGGACACUGGUCUGAGACCUUCCUAUUGGGCACAGAAAAGUCCCUUUGCCCUCUCCUACUGCCUCGUCACUUUCCCCCACUACUACCCAUCAACAACUGACAACCUCAUCCUCAAAGCCUGACAAAAGAACUCCUGCUCCAAAUGGACUGGACACGAGCCUCCCUCCUCCCGCUUGGUUUCAUCCUGUCCGUCACAGCUCAGCUGGACAGGGAAGCACUCGCUGGCCUCUGAAAAGGGCUUAUUUCACAGGACAGACUGAGAAAUGCAGCCGCAGCUGUCGAACUGUUUCCCUACAGUAUCUCAGAGCCCUUUCUAUGUUACCCGUCUGGAGCACACAAGCUAUGGGGAAAGAGGACACGAGCAAGAGGAAGAGGAAGACAGAGCACAGAAGAGAAUCAGACAAGUUAUACUCAGCAGAAGUAACAUCGAUAAAUCCAGGAUCUGUUUCAUAUUGCAUCUUAUAUCACUCCAGUGCACUGCCACCCAGUCAGAGGAAACCUGCUGGAUUUGAGCCACCACUUCAAAACCCAUUUAAGGCAUAAAUGAACUGAAUUGGGUUGGCAUUUUCCCCAUACAUGCUAUUUUUUUUCUUAAGUUUUCCAUGUACAUUUAUACCAAGAGAAGAUCACACAUUCCAAACCUCUUGAUUACAAUUCAUCGCCAAGGAGAGCUGCUGAACUAACUGAUCACAUCACAGUCAGUCAGCGGUAUGAGAGCCAAUUUACAGCAGCGCUAUCAAAAUGCAUUCUGGGACAUUACACCUGUGGACUAUAGCAAUAACAAACACUGAAUGAGUCUAUGAACUGGUUCUAACAUGGUCACAUCCCCUGUCUGGUGAUGCUUGCAGUGAGGGGUCUUUUCAGUGUGCCACAAGCAGGAUUCAGAGUUGUCGGCUUUGGAUUUGGAAAUAUUCUUCUGCACCUUCCUCUUUCAUACGGCCUCUUUCAUAUCUGUCCUCAGCGGUUGGUUUGGCCACAUGGUGAUGUACAGGCACAACAUGUGGAGUGAGGGUGAAGAUGUUUUCGUGCCCACAUCAGAUCAUGGGCUCUGCAACAGUUUAGUUUGACUGAAACAUUGAGAAUAUACAUUUUGAAUCCGGGUUUUCACAGUUUUCUAGGUUAGUCUGCUGACAGUUAGGGAUACAUAUUGGCUUCUGAUGGUAAAAGUUGUAGGUUACUGUUGAGGAUCCACAGUGACAAACAUCUAGAGUGAGUUAUCUUACUGCAAGGCUGGACUUUUCUCCUUCAGUCUACAGCCUUCAAACUGCUCCUCAUCUCUCAGUCUCUUCAUAGCACCAUGUUUUCUCAUCUAUCAACCUGUCUUUAGAGUUGCAGGAGUAAUGUGAAUGAACUUUGUUCGUUCUAAACAUGUUGGUGCUUUAUAUUUGUACUGUAAUUUAGUGCUGAGCGUCUUUCAGUCAGAAAAACUGUUUUAAUCCCCACUGUCCAAAGCCAGUCUGUAAGAGUGCAGCCAUACUCAGCAUACACUACAUGAGUUAAUUGAACCUGUCUAAAAGCACAAAAAGAAGGGUCUUUGAGGAUUGGACGUGCAGUCAGUGUGCUCUUGUAGACAUAAAAGGACACCGUUGUGAUAUUGAAGGCCCUAAUGCCAGGGCAGAAAAAAGCUAUAACCUUAGCAGAGAACAUUCUUAAACUGUGUCAACUCAAAGGGAAUAAUUUUCUCAUACGUACAAAUCAACAAUUAGAUCUGCAAAACAGGGUUAGAAAAGCACAGCAGCUUUUUUAUGAGAAGCUGUUUUUUUUCUUUUUGCUGCCUUUGAAACCAGUUUCCACCAGUUGUCUCUGAAAAAUCAAAGAAAGGUGCAAAAUAAAAUGCCUAGCAUUUCUCAUUUUUGCACAAAAUUGUAAUUGUUUGUAUGUUAAUCCUAUCGAUACGGUGUCCGAUUCAAAAUCACAAUUACAGAGUGUAGGGACUCUUUUAGCACCUUCACACCGGUUUAAAUGGUUUACUGCUGUUUGCUGUGGGAGGAAUGCUCAGCCAGUGAUUCAUCGGUUUGUCUUUUCAUUCACACUGACAACAUCAGCUGUAAUUCAUUUUUGCGUUAUUUCAGUAAGACGCAUUGCCCAGUCCCAGCCUGCGGGGUCAGUUCUCUGAAAGUCGUCGAACCAUGCCCGGUCAGAUUAAUUUCGUCCUUAUGCAAGACUGGAACCUGCAAAUCACUGGUCGCCACCAAAUAGGAACUCAUCACUUUAGUGUAUUAAGGUUUCAUCUUCUCUAAAAAACUCUUUGCCCUCUCUGUGCGUGUUGAAGACACAGUCCCAUGCAUGCCCACCAGAACCACUGACGAAUUACCCCAAAGACAGCCCCAAGCUCGCUCUUGCUCAUAUUAGUUUGUUUUUCCUCCCAAAAAAAAAAAAAACCUGUUAUAAUCUCUGAGCUCAUUGUGAAGAAGUGCGACAUCCCUUUCCUCAUAGUUCCAUUCAACACACUUUCCCUGCUCCAUGAAAAAUGUGUGAGGUUUUUUUGUAACACUCCUCGAGAAAGGAGUUAGUGAUUUUUUUUAUCAGUCUUGUUCGGUGAGAACAGAUGGGAGCUGUUUGGUUUCGGGGGGUCGUAACAUUCACAUUCACUGAUUUAAAAGUUCCAUUUUAUAUGAAGCUGAAUUUUUUUUUGUUUUGUUUUGUUCUUAUCUUCUGACAUCGUAACAACCCUUUCAGGUGCUACAAAAUGACCAGUUACUGCUUUGUCAUGUAGGAUCUAGACAUCUCUUCAUUCUGACCAAUAGUUUCAAAAACAGAUGUGCAAAAUUAAGCUUAUUUUAACAGAUGGUUUAAUAGUAGAUCAAUCCCUCAACCGAACAAUAGAGCAUGUAACUCGAUUUUAUCAGUUCUGUUCAACUGUAACAAGACAUUAAAAGUGUUGUAGAAAACAACGUGGAAUUGAUAAAAAAAAACUGAAUUCCACGGUUAAUUUAUUCUUUUUUUCUAUUAAGAAUUUGUAUAGUAACUUUACAUUUUGCAAAACUGUGUUGUUGGAAAUUGAUGAUGAAUUUUCAAGAUGAGAAGCCGUGGUGGUUCUUGAUAGUAAGACAAUAAAUUAUUGAUGAA